AUGGCAGCGUCACCUUCGUCCUUACGAGUCUACAGAGGGAUACUUAAAGAACUGCGAGCGAUGCAAGGACAAAAUUACAAACAGUCACUGGCGUACAAUUACAUUACGGAUCAGUUUCGGAAAAAUCAGGUGACAGGAGAGAGAUACUGCCGCGCCCAGCAGGAGGCGCUCCAUGCCUCUCAAACAUACAUGUGUCUGCUGGCAUCCUCCAGGAACCACCAAGCCCUGCAUAACCUUUACCAUGGAAAGGGAGAGCGUGGCGCAGAGGAGGUGGCGGGCUUGGUGGGGCUCAGGUUGCCUACUCAGCCCGGAGGCAAAGGCUGGGAGAAAUGA